AAACCUGACGCUGACAGACUCAAUGUUGACCGCGAGACUACUGGACCUCACUGCUCUCUCUCUCUCUCUCUCUCUCUCUCUCUCACGGGAUCUCCGGCGAAUGCAAGUUCUUCCGGCGCUGCAGCCGCUGCGUCAUUGCCCCAUUUGAGAACGGAAACAGGUGUUUCGCCUCCGCAAAGGAAGAAUGGGUGAUCCGGCGCUGCGGAGACGGCUGAAGAGAAAGCGGGCCGACGGCGAACCUCGCCGGGUCAGUUCCGGGAGAGACUCUGCCCACAGGGAAGCUGCAAGAUAUUAUAGUCCCUCCCUCAAGGAAGAUGAUGAGGAUUACUUGCUGCAUUUGAAGCAUAUCGAAGCUGUGGAAGUUGAUGUUGAUGUCCGAUCUCCUGAUAGGCCUCGAGAGGGUAAGAGGAGUAAUGCUGACGUUGAUCCGCACUACACGUCGUUCUUGAAGCAGCUCAGGAUAGAUGCAAAAUCUUACACCCUUGUGGUUGAAGGAGACGCUGGGGAGAGGCGUGUUUUCAAGUAUGAGUAUGGCCCCCAGGAAGGCCUUCACGUUCACUCUGAAGGGUUCGACUUGCCCUCCGAAGGACUUAUGCCGGGAAGUCAGGGAGUGUCUGUAAAGGAAGAGUGUGUAGCAGAUGAUGAAAACAGAAGGAGUGCCCUGAGGAGUGAGAGCUCUAAGAAACUCAGAAUCCCAGAGAAUGCCCCCGGAAGAAAAGGGAACGGCAAGGCUAGGCCUUUGAAGAAAGAUUCGAGGACCGAAGCAGCUGUAAAAGGGCUUAGCGUGCCCUCCGAAGGACUUACGCCGGGAAGUCAGGGAGUAUCCGCAAAGAAAGGGAGAGGACUUACGCUGGGAAGUCUGGGAGUAUCCGCAAAGAAAGGGACUGUAGUGAGUGAUGGAAAGUCAAGGAGUGUCCUGAGAGGUGAGAGCUCUAAGAAACUCAGAACCCAGGAGAAUGCCUCGGGGAGAAAAGGGAACGACAAGACUCGGCCUGUAGAGAAAGCUUCAAGGACCAAGGAGGCUGUAAACGUUUCAAAACACCCCGCUUGCAAGAGACGGAAAAUUAUGUCAACUGACCAGGAUGUGGAAGUACAAGGUGGAAGUUGUGCUUCUGAGGGAAGGAAAGAAUGCAAGAGAGGGCCUGGUCGACCUCGAGCGGUAAACUGCUUCGAGAGGCGACAAGAGGAGUCGGACUACUUGGAGAAGCAACAAGAGGAAUCAAACUACGUGGAGAAGCGACGAGAGGAGAAGAGACAAGAGGAGUCGGACGAGUGGGACGAUGAUUACUAUGUGUUUAUAGAUUAUCUCAGGGCUGAUGGUGGACUUGUGUUGUUUAAUAUGGACAACAGGAAGGUGAGGUACGAGGAGGAUGAAGUCGAGGAAAGCAGCUCCUCGUCUGAUUUGCAGAUUCUUAAGGAGGACAUCCUCAAGAAUGAAGUAAACAACCCCUUUGUGACUACAAGGCUACCAAACAUAAUUGAUCUGGACACUGAUGAUCUUGGGGAAAGUGAGCAUUCAGAGUUCCGAGAGAAGCUUCUGGAAAGACUAAGAAUGAGAUAUGAUAGCAAGGAGUACGAAGAGCUUUUGCAACAGGUGAAAUAUAGAAGACGGAAGGAAAUAGUAAGACAGCUUAGGGGAGGUCGAGAGAAAACUUGUAUCACUAACAAGGCCUGUGAGUCUUAUCUCGACCAGUAUCCUGAUCUUAGUAAAAAAAUUUCUGCAGCUCAAGGCGAUCGACGCAGAACACUGAAUCUCUUGCGGGGAUUUUUCUUCUACUUGGGUAAUCUCCCCAUGGAAGGAGUUUUCCGGCCCUGGGACGACCGGUAUUGUUCGAACAUCUUGCCACCACUUCCACCACAAGUGAAGCAGAAGCCCUGUCUGAAAAUUGAACCAGCCUCAAACAUCUUUUCGCCACCUACACCACCGCUUGUGGAGCAAGGACCGCGUCUCAAGGUCGAACCUUCCUAGGACUGCUGAGGAAACAUGGGAUGAAGACUCCUUUUGCUUUAGGACUAGUUUAGUAUUAGAAGGUUCACCUCACCGGGUAUAGCAGAGGGACCUUUUCUAUGCGUAAAAAGAAGAAAGGAACUCAAGUAAUACAAGAUGAGUCCACUUAUUGUACAUCUUGAAUCUGAUCUUCUUCGGUUUUGUUGUUAAAGAGAAUCCGGGGCUUCCCCAUGCUGAAGUUGAGGACCCUCGCAUUCAUAUUGUACUUGAUCUCUCCGUCGUAGAGUAGCUUCCUUAUGUAGUGCUCUAUGUCUGACCCGAUCAAGCGGAGCGUGUAUUCUGUCAGUGGAGCUCCCUGCAUUUGUUUCAUGAUAGGUGAUAAGAUGGCUUAAGAUUUGCGGCUGUUCAUGCAUUGUAUGAUUUGAACAUGCACGUAAACUGAAGGGGAAAAUUUUUCAUGUGAUUGUCGAUAUCCGGGCACAAUUUGUCAUCCUAGGUUCUCUUGUAGAAUCUAUCCGUGGCAGUGAGCCUUGGCAGAAUAGUAAUGAAAUAGAAUCUUAUCUUUUACUGC